AACGAAGAAUGUCGUGUACUGUCGAUACAAAGUACUGUCGUGUUUGGAUACGUCGGAAACAAGAGUGCUUCAUUCCCAUUACAGGUCCUUGGUUUUGAUGUUAGUACAAUAAACUCAGUACAAUUUUCUAACCAUACAGUACAAUGGUAAUAAAGAAGUCUGAUAACAGAUUUUCUAUUUAUAUCCUAAAGCAAUCAUGUGCUCAGGUUAUGGAAAAUUCAAAGGACAAGUUUUGAAUGAUGAGGAUGUUGAAUGUUUAUAUGAAGGUCUUAAAGAAAACAAUAUACACAACUUUACUCAUUUACUGACAGGGUACAUAGGAUCCAAAUCUUUCCUACAGAAGGUUGGAGAUAUAAUAAAAGAUAUGAAGAAAACAAAUCCUACACUGACAUAUGUGUGUGAUCCAGUGAUGGGAGACAAUGGUAAAAUGUAUGUUCCAGAGGAGUUGUUACCUGUAUAUAAAGAAACCAUAAUUCCUCUAGCUGAUAUCAUUACACCAAACCAAUAUGAAGCUGAAUUGUUGACAGGGAGAUCUAUAAGCAAUGAAGAAGAUGCUCUGCUGGCAAUGGAAGAUCUCCACAACAUGGGCCCACAGACUGUUGUUAUUAGUAGUAGUAAACUUGGAAGUAAUGGUACAAUAAUGAGCCUAGCUAGCACAGUUAAAAAUGGCUGCAAAGAAAAAUUCAAGAUAGAGUUUAAACUCUUACCAGCCAGAUUUGUAGGAACUGGUGAUUUAUUUGCAGCCUGCUUAAUGGCAUGGAUGCAGACAGAUAAAAAGUUACAGGUAGCUUUAGAGAAAACUUUAUCUACCUUACAAGCUGUGAUUAAAAGAACACUCACGUAUGCUCAAGAACAAGCAGGGCCUGGUAAUACACCAAACUCAGCACAGAUGGAACUAAGACUAGUACAAAGUAAAAAAGACAUUGAGAACCCUAACAUUAUCUAUAAAGCUGUGCCACUUUGAUGAAGGGCUAUUGUUAGAUAUUUAUUUAUUGUUAAACUAGUGAAUCCAUUCCAUCAUCAUAACACAGAUACAUGUUCAUAGCUUCCAAUGAUUCUUGACAUAUAACCUCAUUAUUCCAUAGCAAAUGAACCUUUCGAAAAUGCUUAGUCAGUUAUGAAAUAGUAGUGAGCAAAUAUGAUCAAAACACCGUUAAUUUACAAAAUCAUCUAUGAGUUCAGAUUUCUGGUGAUGAUGAAUUUAUUCUCUUCUCUAAUAUUGUCUAAAUUGAAGUGAAGAAAAUUAAAUAGAAAUUUUACUGUUAUAUAUAUUAUUAGUUUAGAUGCAGAUCUUUAUUCAUUUCCUCCAAUGUAACAUUGUCAGUGAGUUAGCAGGUUAGAGUGUCAUUAAACCAUUGUAUAUAUAUAUAUAUAUAUAUAUAUAUAUAUAUAUAUAAAGAUGUUGUUUUUAAGAGAGGCACUAAUUUCGACCAAAACAAUUGUAUGCUGUGUCUUCCUGCUUUUCUUAAUAAAGUGUACUAGAUUGGUGUAAGAUUAACACUGAAUCAACAAAAAAUUAGAAUUUAUCAUAUUUGCUAUUAUACAAUAUUCAACCUGUUAUGUUUUACUUUUAGCUGCUUUUUAAAAAUGUUUCUGUCAAACUUAACAAGUAGAUGUAGGUACCUUUGAUUCAUAUCUAAUUUGCUGUUUAAAUAAAACCAAUUUAGGCUUAGUCGUGGGUCUCAUUGGGGUGUAGUGUAAUUGUGAUCCAGGAUUAGCUAUUUUUUGUAAGCAUUACAUGUGAAAGUCAAAAUAUUUGGUGUGAAAAAGGGAAACAAAGUCGGGCGGGACACAUGCAAUUACAAACCCUAUUAUUAUAAUGAUAAGUGGGAUACAGGAUUUUGACAAAACAAUAAUUGAGAUCCAGGAUCAAACCCCCCAAUGAGACCCCCUUAGUCAUUUAUUUUAUUCUAUUAUAUUUUUUAAUUUAUUACAAUAAGCCAAAAUUAUAUUUCCUGACAACAAAACCAGUCUGGUUCUACAGAACAAACUCAAAUUGGUAAAUUAAAAUGAUAUUUUCAUUGAAGUGCACUUCAAAUUAUGAGGGUCCUAUAUCACAGAAUUAGGUGCACUGCAUUGUCAUUAUUUACUUUACAAUUGUAUUUAUUGAAUGCUUGUGACAUUUUAUUUCAUCAGAACAAAAAGAUGCUGUUGAUAUAUUUUUAUAAAAAUAAUUAACAAUUGAA